AUGUCUCAAGAUCUUUUUGCAGCAUUACAAAGAUACAUUUCCAUGACCCAAAAACAGCAUGGGCAUAACUUCGAGACAGUCCAGUUAGGAGCUCAGAUCUGCACCAUGAUCAAAAGGGAGUAUAGGAAAUAUGAACAACUCAAGAUUGCAGUGAAAAAAGGUUGGCCCAUUAGCAUGAUUGACUUCAAGCAGAUUCCAGGGCAUAUCAUCAAGUGGCGAGACCAUCUGGAUCUGAUUCUUCAUAACAGGAGCCUCCACGAGCAGCAGCAUGUCUGGAAGUGUUUCGAGGCUGACUUGGUUGAAGAUGGGUGGAUGUUGGAAAAGCUAGCUCGCAUGCAGAACUCAGCACUGUGUUCCGGAUCGGUGAUUCUGGACCACUUGCGUGCUGGAUAUUAUGGUGACAAGGGAUCUGCAAUCAUUGAGCACACCCUCUUUGCCCUGUUCCCAGCAUCAGCAGAGUUGACUGCAGCAAUACAGCCUCUACCGCUUGCACAGUUCAUGACAUACUUUAUGGUGCCCUACAUAGCAACCUUGCUGAUUGCAGAUGAUUACAGUCCCACAACAGUUGUCAAGGUGCACAAGAUCAUGGUUGCAAGUAGUGAUGCAGGUUCCCUCAUCCACCCCGCAAAUGAUGAUGAUACAGAGUUGGAGGAGAUAUUUCAUAGAAACAUUGUCACCUUUUGA